CCACCGCCAGUACCUUACCAAGCACCACCAACAGCACCACCGCCAGUACCUUACCAAGCACCACCAACAACACCACCGCCAAUACCUUACCAAGCACCACCAACAGCACCACAAACAACACCUUACCAAGCACCACCAACAGCACCACAACAACACCUACUACACCACCGCCAGCACCUUACCAAGCACCACCUUCAGCCACACCGCCAGUACCUUACCAAGCACCACCAUCAGCACCUUACCAAGCAACACCAACAGCAUCACCGAGCACUUACCAACACCACCAUCAGCACCAGCACCUUACCAAGCACCACCAUCAGCCACACCGCCAACACCUUACCAAGCACCACCAUCAGCACCAGCACCUUACCAAGCACCACCAUCAGCACCAGUGACAGUACCUUACCAAGCACCAUCAACAGCAUCACCACCAGUACCUUACCAGGCACCACCAUCACUACCAGCACCACAAGUACAACUCAAACCUCGACACUGGAUCAGGACGGAGACGGGUCCAAAGCGCUGAGCUCAGGAAGCAUUGCAGCUACUGUUUUCGUGUUCAUUUUGAUCGUCCUCGUAGUGUUGGGCGGACUGUACUACUACAGGACCCGACGUGCAUCCUAUGGUCGUCUACAGGACAGAGAAUAUGGCACUUUGGGAAACUUCACCAACCCUAUGUACGACCCUUGAAUCCCAACUUUUGACCUCCGACUCUGGAAGUGACACCUACAGUCCUCAGUCUGCAGGGGGAGCCGUUUGAAUCCAGUGUUUUUAAUAGUGUGUACUUGUGCAAUAAGUUCUACAAAAAUCACGUUUUAUAUUACUGUGAUACUUGUUUCGAUGACUUGACUUCACUCAGUUGCAAAUGUUUAAUCUCCAUAGAUCUUUGUUCUUGAGCUUCUGUUGCAGAGAGAACAGGCACAUUUAUCAGAGGUAAAGUGAUUCUCACUGGAUAGUUGUGCAAAAUGAUGUAUGUGACAACAUGGCUGUAAAUGUUAACUUAACCAGGAUGUUGAGGUAAAGACGGGGGCGAACUGACAUUUCCUGUCGGGAGCAACAACACUCAGAUUAAUUAACGUUCAGUGGAUUUACAUCACGUCUGAACUUGUUCUCGUUUAGACCUUCUCACUUAAACUGUGAAAUAAUGCGAUUCUGCUCAUUUGAAAAUAUUCACUUAUCGACUUAAACUUAAAUGACGAGACAAAGCUCGAGUCUCGGAGAACACACGUAUCGUUUUAUGCCAAGUUUACACUACGUGAGUUUAAGCCUGCUUCUUUUACUAACUGACAAAUUUUUCGUGUCACAUCCUUUACUGGAUUUCUAGCAGCAAUCUGCAAAACGUACAGUCGUGUGUAGCCUGAACAGUGCAGAGAGACUGGCCUUUGAAAAAAAAAAAGGUUUCAGGGUUCGAGCCUCAUUCAUUUAUCCUGCUGAAAACCACAAUCUUCUCCCAUUCUGAUCCGCUUCAACUUAAAAUGACUUUCUCAUUGUUAAUUGUUAUUGGCGUUAACUUCUGUCAGCGACUUCGCUUUGCGUUGCAUUUCUGACUGCAAUUAAUUUAGUAUUUAUAGAAUAUCAUGUAUUUGUAAACUACUGAUUGAUAGCGUGAGAGUUUAGAUGCCUUUCUCUAAAUGUCAUUGUUUGACAGGAUUGUGUUCAAUAUUUUCGUAAAAUAAAAGUUACAAAAAUUAAAA